UAAACAGUUCAGUUUUUAUCAUUACUCUGUUGAACAUAAUAAUUUGUUCGUGUUUUACGUUUAGGAAUUAGUCAUCUUUUUGUUAUUUUUUUUCUCGAAAUUUAGCAUAAAAAAUCAUUAAUAGACCGUGAAAAAUCUAACAGUUUUCCAGGUUGAUCUGUCUCAUCUAUACAGAUAUUGGACUAUCAGGUACAAAAAUCACAGAUCAAUCGAAAUGACUUCUUUUGACGAUAUUAAAAAUUUAUACCAAACUCUGAAAACCGAAUGGAAUAAGAAAAAACCUGAUUUCAAACAAUGCAACAACAUAUUGUUACAAAUCAAGGUUGGAAUGACUAAACAUACAUUUUUGCCAACUACCAAUGUUGAAGCUAGUCAAAAGGAAUAUUUAAUUGCCAGAGACAUCUUGGAAGUAGGCGUGCAAUGUAGUAUUGCGAUGCACGAUAUACCGUCAUUUGAACGAUACAUGGCUCAGCUCAAGUGUUACUACUUGGACUACAGAGAUAAAUUACCGGAGUCUGCAAAUCAAUACCAUUUGUUAGGACUUAACUUGUUAUUCUUGCUUUCACAAAAUCGAGUUGCUGAAUUUCACACCGAAUUGGAACUAUUGCCGUAUGACAUUGUACAAACCAACCCAUAUAUAAGGCAUUCGGUUGCUCUUGAACAGUAUUUAAUGGAGGGUAGCUAUAACAAAAUAUUUCAAGCGAAAACAAAUGUACCAUCAGAUACUUAUAACUUUUUCAUGAACAUACUCUCAAAUACAUUACGUAAUGAAAUUGCUGAAUGUUUGCAAAAAGCAUACAAAAAGGUAUCGUUUACAUCUGCCACCAAAAUGCUGAACUUUACCAACGUUUCUGAAAUGAAUGAAUUUGCCAAUAAGCGAAACUGGAUAUUGGACCAAGAAGGAUUUUACGUAUUCCAUUUCGAAGAAGAAAAGAAAGCUAUCGAACCUAUACCUGCAUUACAAAUAGCCGAUUACGUUUUACACUAUGCUAAAGAAUUGGAAACUAUUGUGUAAUUUUUGAAUAUGGAUAUGAACCAUAGCUGAAGAUAUAAUUUCUAAAUUUUUAAAACUUCAUUGUAAUACAAAAUAAUAUAAUAAAUGUAAAAUUAUAAUUUGUAAGUUACUAUCGA